AAUGAUGUCACGGCAGUCACGUGACCGGACCGGUCCUACAGCUGGAUGGGAUCUAGCUGCUACUAUGGUAGCAUAAGCAUUACAAGAAAAGAUGACACAUUAGUAGCUUUGCUUUGUGUCUCAGUGUUACACAAUAUCACUGACAUAAACAAGAUGAAGAAAAAGCUGCCUGAUCAGAUCCUGAAUCACAUUCUGGAGAUUCUCUACCUGCUGACGGGAAAGCGUGUGCCUAACGCAUUGACAGCGAGUCACAUGACCGGGGACAAGACGACAACAGAGAGGAUACUGACCCACACCCUGCAGAUCAUGUACCUGCUGACAGGGGAGGUGCCUAUAAAGUGUGAUGAUGUUGCUGUGUAUUUCUCUAUGGAGGAGUGGGAGUAUAUAGAGGGACACAAGGAGCUUUACAAGGACGUCAUGAUGGAGACUCAAGAAGCACUAAGCACUAUGGAGAUCCCAGGGAAUGAGAGCUCAGAACUCACAGGUUACAGUGAUGAAAAUCUAGACACAGGAGCACAUAGAGACCUUGUACAGAAUAUUCAGCCAUCAGAUGUCUCUGCAGGUUACAGUGAUGAAAAUCUAGACACAGGAUCACAUGGAAACCUUGUACAGAAUAUUCAGCCAUCAGAUGUCUCUGCAAAUGACAUUAAUACUGAUGUAGAUGUUAAAACAGAAGAUCUGAGUGUAAUGUGUCAGCUGGAAGCUCCAAUGCAGGAAAUGUGUGACAGUGACAAUGAAGGUGAAAAUGUUGCUAAGAUUUCAUGCAACACAGAACAAACAGAAGAUCAGUGGCUAAGAAAUAUGCCAGAACCACCAGAGCAGGAAAUAUAUGACAAUAUAGGUGAAUUCACAAACUGCAAUAAUCCUAGUCAUGAUCAGAGUGCAGAUUGUGGGAAAUGUUUUCUUAAGAAAUCACAUCUUUUUAAACAUCUACAAAUUUAUACAGCAGGAAAAGGAUUUUCAUGUUCUGGCUGUGGAAAAUGUUUUACUAAGAAAUCAAAUCUUAUUACGCAUCAAAAAAUUCAUACAGGGGAGAAACCAUUUUCAUGUUCUGACUGCGGAAAAUAUUUUGCUCUGAAAUCAUAUCUUAUUACGCAUCAGAAAAUUCAUACAGGAGAGAAAAGAUUUUCAUGUUCAGACUGUGGGAAAUGUUUUACUCUGAAACAAACUCUUAUUAGACAUCAGAAAAUUCAUACAGGGGAGAAAGCAUUUUCUUGUUCUGACUGUGGAAAAUGUUUUACUAUGAAAUCAUAUCUUAUUACGCAUCAGAAAACUCAUACAGGAGGGAAAAGAUUUUCAUGCUCUGACUGUGGGAAAUGUUUUACUACGAAAUCAAAUCUUAUUAUGCAUCAGAAAACUCAUACAGGGAAGAAAGAAUUUUCAUGUUCUAAAUGUGGGAAAUGUUUUAUUCGGAAAUCAACUCUUAUUACGCAUCAGACAAUUCAUACAGGGGAGAAAGGAUUUUCAUGUUCUGACUGUGGAAAAUAUUUUACUUGGAAAUCAAAUCUUUUUAGGCAUCAGAAAACUCAUAUUAACAGAAAUCAGAGCUCCUAAGUGCAGAGGGUGGCAUGUAGUUGUCAAUCACACAAUACCAAGUGCUGAUGAUGACUGCAUGUGACCCCCUGGGGCAUGCAGUUUAUGAGCUGUUUGAGGCAACUUCUGCACCUUAAGCGUUUAUGAGGUGACCCCAUGGUGGAUUUGAUUUAAAUCACUAGUCAGUAAGACUGAGUUAAAUAAUGGUUUUAAUUUUUA